UUUUUUUAUUUAGAGAUAAACAGAGAUUUAAAUGAUUUUUAUCAUAUACAUAUAAAAGAUUUUUUAUCGAAUUUUGAAUUUUACAAAACAUUUGUAUACAUUUCUGUUGAAGUUCAUAGUAGAAUAUUUAAAAGAAAAUAUGUCGCUCUGUGAUGCCGAGAAAACAUUCAUUCUUCACGGUGUAGCGGAGAACUUUCGGUCGGAUGGAAGAGACAGAGAAGGAUACCGCCCCAUUGAAAUCGAGACCGAUAUUGUACAACAUGCUUUUGGCUCAGCAAGAUUGCGAUUAGCAAACACAGAUAUUUUGGUUGCUGUAAAAAUUGAAGUUGAUACUCCACUACCUGAACGGCCUUUCGAAGGCAAAAUCGAAUUCUUUGUUGAUUGUUCUGCUAAUGCUACUCCUGAUUUUGAAGGCAGAGGUGGUGAGACAUUAGCCAUAGAACUUUCAAAUAUUCUAGCAUCAGCGUACAAGUCACCUAAAACAUUUAACUUAAAGAAGCUUUGCAUAUUAAAAGGCAAGAAAUGUUGGAAACUUUAUGUUGAUAUUUUAAUAUUAGAAUGUGGAGGUAAUUUAUUUGAUGCAGUAUCACUAGCUGUUAAAGCAGCUUUAUUUAAUACAAAAGUUCCAUUAAUUAAGUCAGUUAAUAUUGAUGGAGAUAAUGUUGAAUUAGAUGUGUCUGAUAAUGUUUUUGACUGUGAAAGAUUAGAUGUUACUAAUGCACCUGUGAUGGUAACAGUAUGUAAAAUAGGAGAUAAUUGUGUUGUUGACCCAAAUCUAGCAGAAGAGCAGUGCUCGGUAGGAUCAAUAGUAGUUGCAAUAUCGCAGGAAUAUUUCAGUACAGUAACUUCAAUAGGAAUAGGAUCAUUACAUGCACAAACUUUAUGUAGCAGUCUUGAGCUUGGACAAAAAGUAGGAAUAAGGUUGAAUGAAGCUCUUAUGGAUACAUUAAGUCAUAUUACUUCUGAUCAGGAUUUUGGAUUCUUAAAAUAAAAUAUUUAUGUUU